UCAACAUCAUCACCACCAAACCCCAAAACAACCGUCACAAUGAGCUCCAUCCGGCGCAUGUCCCCGACGGACCUGCUGUCCCUCAAUCUCACCAACCUGGACCCCUUGACCGAGAACUACGACCUGGGCUUCUACCUCAAUUACCUCAUGCGAUGGCCGUCCCUCUUCAGCAGCGUUCAAGAUCGCCAGGAGGGCAUCGUGGGCUACAUCAUGGGCAAGCUUGAAGAACAACCCGCCACGAUGCGUCAUUCCGAGCACUACACGCCGUGGCACGGUCACAUCACCGUUUUAACCGUUGCGCCCGCAUGGCGCCGCCUCGGCCACGCGAGUCGCCUCACCGAACGCCUAGAACAGGGCUCCGACAUCAACGACGCCUGGUUUGUCGAUCUAUACGUACGAGCGGGGAAUAAAGUAGCUGUGGGGAUGUACAAGGGCAUGGGGUACUCCGUCUUCCGCCGAGUCGUGAAUUACUAUAGUGAUGAUCCCACGGGCUUUUCGGAUUCGGGCGAGGAUGCUUUCGAUAUGCGCAAGCCGUGCAGUCGCGAUAAGAAAUUACAGCAUAUUCGGGAGAAUGGGGAGAAUUUCUUGGUCGAUCCGAUUGAUGUCUCCUGAGGACUUGUCGUGUGAAUUGGUGAAUGAACCUGCUGAGCGGAGAAACGGGUGCAUAUGGUCGGAUGCGGGGGAGGGGCGGCGAGGGGGUGACGAAAGAGGAAAAGUGGAUUGCGGUUGAUUCUAGCAUGCGGUGUUCGGGCGUUUUCUUACCUGGGUUGAGGCUCUGCUUGCGCUGGGUCUAUGAGCAUGGUAUGCAUGGAGACUGGAGAUGUAAGCUCAAGCUUCAAUUGAACUAUGGGAACAAGGAGACUCAAAAAGGGCUUCUAGUCGCGCCCGUAAUC